UCCACCCCCCGAGAGUCCUGCGGUCCCAGCUGCGGCGAAGCCGGGCGACCCCGACUGCUGCGCGCGGCGGCCCCACCCUAGGGAUGCCCUCCUUCAUGAAGGCUCUGGGUCAGGCCGGGUCCUGCAGCCCGGGCAUGACCCCGAACACUGGCUGCUGCUCCCCCGGGGCUGUGCAGAGGUGGCUGCCCAUCCUGGCGUGGCUGCCCGACUACUCCAUGCAGUGGCUGAAGAUGGACGUCAUAGCUGGACUCUCGGUUGGGCUCACAGUCAUUCCCCAGGCUCUGGCCUAUGCUGAAGUGGCUGGACUCCCGCCCCAGUACGGCUUGUACUCUGCCUUCAUGGGAUGCUUCGUGUAUUUCUUCCUGGGCACCUCUCGGGAUGUGACUCUGGGCCCCACAGCCAUCAUGUCCCUCCUGGUCUCCUUCUACACUUUCCACGAGCCUGCCUAUGCUGUCCUGCUGGCCUUCCUGUCCGGCUGUAUCCAGCUGGUCAUGGGGUUCCUGCGUUUGGGGUUCCUGCUGGACUUCAUUUCCUGCCCUGUCAUUAAAGGAUUCACCUCUGCUGCUACUGUCACCAUUGCCUUUGGACAGAUCAAGAACCUCCUGGGACUGCAGAACAUCCCCAGGCAGUUUUUCCUGCAAGUGUAUCACACCUUCCUCAGCAUCGGAGAGACCAGGCUGGGGGACGCCAUGCUGGGGCUGGUGUGCAUGCUGCUGCUGCUGGUGCUGAAGCUCAUGCGGGACCACGUGCCUCCCGCACACCCCGAGAUGCCUGCCGGCGUGUGGCUCAGCCGCGGGCUGGUUUGGGCUGCCACGACAGCCCGCAACGCCCUUGUGGUGUCCUUCGCGGCUCUGGUUGCGUACUCCUUCGAGGUGACUGGAUGCCAGCCGUUCGUUCUCACCGGGGAGACGGCCGAGGGGCUCCCUCCAGUCCGGACCCCUCCCUUCUCAGUGACCACCGCCAACGGGACGAUCUCCUUCACCAAGAUGGUGCAGGACAUGGGGGCAGGGCUGGCUGUGGUGCCCCUGAUGGGCCUCCUGGAGAGCAUCGCGGUGGCCAAGGCCUUUGCGUCUCAGAAUAAUUACCGCGUGGACGCCAACCAGGAGCUGCUGGCCAUUGGCCUCACCAACGUGCUGGGCUCCCUCGUCUCGUCCUACCCGAUCACUGGCAGCUUUGGACGGACGGCGGUGAACGCCCAGUCCGGGGUGUGCACCCCAGCAGGGGGGUUGGUGACAGGAGCGCUGGUGUUGCUGUCCCUGGACUACCUGACCUCCCAGUUCUACUACAUCCCCAAGGCCGCGCUGGCCGCGGUCAUCAUCAUGGCCGUGGCCCCGCUGUUUGACGCCAAGAUCUUCCGGACGCUCUGGCGCGUUAAGAGGCUGGACCUGCUGCCGCUGUGCGUGACGUUCCUGCUGUGCUUCUGGGAGGUGCAGUACGGCAUCCUGGCCGGCGCGCUGGUGUCCCUGCUCCUGCUCCUGCACGCCGUGGCCCGGCCCGAGACCCAGGUGUCCGAGGGGCCAGUUGUCGUCCUGCAGCCGGCCAGCGGCCUGCACUUCCCCGCGGUUGAGGCCCUGCGGGAGGCCAUCCUGAGCCGGGCCCUGGAAGCGUCCCCGCCACGGUCCCUGGUCCUGGAUUGCACGCACGUCAGCAGCGUCGACUACACCGUGGUGUUGGGGCUCGGCGAGCUCCUGCAAGACUUCCACAAGCAGGGCGCCAGCCUGGUCUUCGUCGGCCUGCAGGUCCCCGUUCUCCGUGUCCUGCUGUCCGCUGACCUGAAGGGGUUCCAGCACUUCUCCACCCUGGAGGAAGCAGAGAAAUACCUGGGGCAGGAGCCAGGGACCCAGCCCUACAACAUCAGCGAAGACUCUGUUCUGGAACACAAGGUCGCCCUGUUGAAGGCUUAACGGAGCCGCCACGGGCAUCAUGCGAAGGAAGGGUGUCCCGGAAGGUUCUCAUCACUGUGAUUCGAUGCCGGAUGCCGCCCGACAGACACGCUGGCCUGGCAGGCUGAGAACAGCCUGAGCCGGUGGCCCUGGGGGAGGAGAAGGAAGCCGUGUGUGGACUCACAGGUGGGACUCACCGGCUCCCUGUGGGACAAUUGGAAAAGUAGCUCCCUGCUGUCCCCUGGCAUGAACCCUUUUGGAAGAGAGGUGUGGAGAGAGCCUUCUGGAGGGACAGACACGUAAGGAAGGACAGGGUUUCCAGCCUGGGCCGGGGGCGGCGUCCUUGGCCCCCAGCACCUGCCGGGUUCUUGGGUUCCACCUCGCACCAGGCAGUGGCCGGGGAGGGGCGGGGAGCAGGGGCGUCCGGGAGACGGGCUUCCUCUUGGUGGCGGCAUUUGUGCUGUUUUGGAGAGAAGGCCAAGGUGUGCCAAAUGACUGAAAGUCUCUAUUCAAAAAUAAUUUUGUGAUUUUUAAAUGAAAAAGUUAAUAGCUUUGGUGAUUUUGUAAAAAUCAUGAAUGCGUAUUGUAAAAAAUACAGGAAAUCAUUUUCCACCAGCCCACUUUGGUGAUCACUGUGGACCCCCAAUGUGCAUGCCUGUCUGUCACCGUGUGGAUAUACGUUUACAGUUUUACGUACGUGGGAUCAUUUCAUACAUGGUGCUCUGUAGCCCACAUUUUUCAUGCAGUCGUUUGCUGUGAAGUAUUUAUUGUGAUAAUAAAUAGUAUUAGAAAGCGUG